GCUCUCCAUACUGCGCAUGCGUAAAUCGCCAAGUCCUUGGACGCUCCGAUCGCUGUAGGUGAAGCGUCUCGAAAGGGACGUACUGUCAAAAUGCAGGCCUGGAACCAUCUAUACCGCACACUCGCCACGCGAGGUCAGCACCUCUCCUGCAAGCUACACGGUGCCACAGUCUUAUCUGCAAGAACGUAUGCAGACAAAUCAGCAAUCGAUGCUGAUGUCACAGUUGUGGGCUCUGGGCCUGGAGGGUACGUUGCCGCCAUAAAAGCAGCUCAGCUUGGUUUUAAGACAGUGUGCGUGGAAAAGAAUGUGACCCUUGGAGGAACGUGCUUAAAUGUGGGCUGCAUCCCAUCAAAGGCUCUUCUGAACAACUCUUACCUGUAUCACUUGGCACAUGGGAAAGACUUUGAAAGCAGAGGCAUUGAAAUUCAGGGGCUGUCAUUGAACCUGGAGAAGAUGAUGGCACAGAAGAGUGGGGCUGUCAAAGCUCUGACAGGAGGAAUCGCACACUUAUUCAAACAAAACAAAGUAACUCACGUCAAUGGGUUUGGAACAAUAACUGGUAAGAAUCAAGUGACUGCGAAGACUGCUGAUGGAGAUCAAGUCAUAAACACUAAGAACAUCCUGAUCGCCACUGGAUCAGAGGUCACCCCUUUCCCAGGGAUUCAGAUUGAUGAAGACACUGUGGUCUCUUCCACUGGCGCUUUGUCCCUCAAGAAGGUUCCAGAAGAGCUCAUUGUGAUUGGAGCUGGAGUCAUUGGGGUGGAGUUGGGGUCCGUGUGGCAGAGAUUAGGUGCCAAAGUUACAGCCGUGGAGUUUCUCGGACAUGUUGGGGGAAUGGGCAUCGACAUGGAGAUCUCCAAGAACUUCCAGCGAAUUCUUCAGAAGCAGGGCUUGCAGUUCAAACUGGGCACCAAGGUGAUGGGUGCCACCAAGAGACCUGACGGCAAGAUUGAUGUGGCUGUGGAGGCUGCUGCUGGUGGAAAGAAUGAGACGCUCACAUGUGACGUUCUGUUGGUGUGCAUCGGUCGCCGCCCCUUCACAGGGAACCUCGGCCUUGAGAGUUUGGGUAUCGAGCUGGAUAACCGCGGAAGAAUCCCGGUCAACGGCCGCUUCCAGACCAAAGUGCCUAGUAUCUAUGCUAUUGGAGAUGUGGUAGCUGGACCCAUGUUGGCCCACAAAGCUGAAGAUGAAGGUAUCAUAUGUGUUGAGGGAAUGGCUGGGGGAGCCGUCCAUAUCGACUACAAUUGUGUGCCCUCCGUCAUUUACACACACCCUGAGGUUGCCUGGGUUGGCAAAACUGAGGAACAACUCAAAGAGGAAGGCGUGCCUUAUAAAGUGGGCAAAUUCCCAUUUGCUGCUAACAGCAGAGCGAAGACAAACGCUGAUACAGAUGGACUGGUGAAGAUCCUCAGCCACAAGGAUACAGACAGGUUGCUGGGAGCACACAUUGUGGGAACGGGAGCAGGGGAGAUGAUUAAUGAGGCUGCAUUAGCUAUGGAGUAUGGAGCAUCAUGUGAGGAUGUUGCAAGAGUGUGCCACGCCCACCCUACUGUGUCAGAGGCCUUCAGGGAAGCCAACCUUGCUGCUUCAUUUGGAAAAGCUAUCAACUUUUAGAUUUUCUUCACACACACACACACACACACACACACACAUGUAUAUAAAUGUCUGUUGCAUUUUUUUUUUUAUUUUUUUUUUUUUACGGUCUACAAACAUUAUGGAGUUCCUCAGUCUUUGGGCUUUCAGAUGUACUCUUUAUGUAAACAUCCAAAACAACCCUGUAAAACAUUUAGCAUAUUAUUUAAAUGUCCUAAUAAAGAAGUCUUGGUCUUAAGUUGAACUUUGCCUUUCUCAGUUUGGAUUUUAUAAAACAGCAUAGUUCACUUCAAUUUGAACUUUUUUAAACCUUAUGGAGGAUAGUUUCAUAUUUAAAUGUUAAAUUAAUUGGAAUUAUUGCAAUCCUUUCCUGCUGCUGUCCUGCCGCGGUAGAUCGUGUGCAGCGUGUGUACAAGAUUCUGCAUAGUCUCUGGUAUUGACAAGAGUCGAGUGUAUCGUUUUCUCUGAAGGAGCAGCACUGAACUAAACUUUUCAUUCACAAGUAGAGAAAGGCGCGGAAGAAUUAUGAUAAAAGUGACUGAUGGCCAAACAUGACAUAAGGACGUUAUUGAAAGUAGUAAUCAUUUUAAGGCUAUUAUUGUUGAUGUCUUUUUGCAUAAAAAUAAGUCAUAGGCUACUCAGCAGUUCACAAAAUGGGGAAAAAAAGGAAAAAAUAUACUGUAUUGUUUGUGGGGGAAAUGCGUAGAAUGCUUUAAACACUACUAAAAUUUAGAUUUUUAGACACAGUUAAAAUACGGUCUUGUUAAAAAAAAAAAAAAGACUUUUCUUCAUUAAAGGAUCCUUGUUAAAGAUGCUCAUUUGUCUUUUAGCUUGAAUGGGUUGAAAGGGCAGGCACUGGCUGGAAGAAGCACUCCACCAGUUCCAAGUUCUGACUGAUCACAAAAACAGGCUGCCAUAGCCAGGUGUACGAGGUCUCGGAGGAAAGCUGGGGCAUCACUCAUACGGGUUUCCCAGUGACACCAGCACCAGGCCAAACAGAGGAGACCCACUUCUUAAUUCAGGCCAGCGGGUGUGGCUGUCUACUCUAAGUCUCCAUCUACACACAGAUUCCAGCAAGUUCACCCAUCUGUACAUUGGCCCCUUUACAGUAGUGAGAAGGGUCAACCCAGUGACAUACCAGCUGUGGCUCCCCAAGACACUCCGGUCAGUGAAAAUGAGGGAUCUGAUUCAUUGUCCUUUAGAAGCUCUGUUUACAGUUCAUUUAGAUCCCAAUCAGAAGCAGACAGCAGUUCAAUGCUUGGGUCUCAUCUCAGGAAAUGGGUUGAAGCCUGUAAAUAGAGAUAAUAGCUUGCAAUUGCCACCACCAAACAUGAGCUGAGAUGAAGGACUGAUUUGUUGUGUUUUGGAAGCUCUCCUUACACUUCAUUCAGACCCCGAUCAGACAACAGUUACAUUUUUGGAUCAUCACACUCCAAAAGCUCAUCUGAUUGCUCACAAAAAUGGUUUAAGCCAGCAAAAAAAAGUAACAGCACGCACUUACCAUGACCAAAUAUCUCCUUGUGCUUGCUGUCCAGGGCCAGUUCAUCUUGUUUCCUGUUGGGGGUUUUUCUCUCAUGUCGGUCCUGCCAGUCGUUCUGUUUACUCCUUCCCUGGUUCCCGUAGCUUAGUCCGGUCAGUCCUGUGCCUUUUCCCUACCCCAGCCUGGAUAUGUAAGAGCAGCAUAGUUCUAGUGGGAAGACUAGCAGCUGUACAUCAUCGCACCACUAGCUAGUUGUGCUAACACGGCAAACUCCACCACCACCAGUUGAGUCCCGUCCUGCACAGCGGAAGGCUCCUCGCCCCUGCCUUCUAUCUCGUCAGGAUAUGACGGUUCCGAGUACAACUUCUUCGGACCGCCAGACGGGGUUUACGCCAAAGAGAGACAUUACAUUUUCUGUUUUGUAUUCAUCAAAUAAAUGUCAUCUUGAAUUUCA